UACAAAAGAAACUAAGAUAAUCAGAUUUCGAAAUUUCUUGGAAGAAGUCUCCAAAAAGACAGCGUCGCAUCACCUCGCUACACAGCUGACAGUGUUACAACAGCUGAAAGAGCUACCACCACAGCUGUGAGUGUAACAAUAUACCGACAAGAGCAUGAGGAUCACUAACCGUGGAAUAUUCUCUCUAGGACUUUUAGGAUGUCUCAUUUUAUUAAUAUCUGAUGUAUAUGCAAAGCCAACAGGGGGCAGUUCAUCUCAUAACAUAAAGAAAAGAAACGCCUGGUGGAGCAAAAAGUCGAUAUCAAAUGCAUUAGACUAUGGUGACAAUAUAGAACCAAAUUACUACUAUCAAUAUACAAAGAAAGAACAAAAAUAUAAUUUAAUGUGUUUUAUCAUGAAAUGUGCGAGAAUCCCUGGGCCAUUGGGCACGUGUUUAACGACGGAGUGUAGGGAUCUACUUUUCGCCUGUACCAAGGCUUGUUCUACCGAGUGACCGAUUUGACGACCAUGCCGGCCCAGCAUGGGGUGAGAUCAAAUUGAUCAUACACACUGUUACGACAUAAUGAUGGUGAACUUUGUUAUAAAACGAUGACUGUGCAUUAUAUGUUUUAUAUAUUAAAUACUGGUCAUAUUUUCAUACAAGCAAUAUCUCGCUACACGUUGAUAAUCUUUUCUUAUUGGUUCUACUUAUUGGUUUAACUCAUUCUAGUAUAUACGUACAUAGCUAGAUGAAUUACUCUGCUAGUAUGACGUAACGAAGACAUAUUUGGGAAAUCUACGUUGUUCUACAUACAUUACAUCUCUCAUCGAAGACAUCUUCC